CUCCACCUGCCCCCAUCUGUUCUCAUCGGCAGCAUCCAGGCCGAGCAGCCUGUUCCCCGCCACUGCGAGGAGUUCUUCCACCUGGUUAACUCCGAGCUGAGAAACUUCUCCCACGGAAUCAGCCUGACCCACGACAUCACCCUCCACUUCUUCAGGGGGCUGCUGAGUGCCUGCGUCCACAGCAGAGAGCCAGCCCGAGUGGCCAACCUGACCCUGACUGAGUGCCAAAGCCACUGUCCCAUCAUUCUGACCUCUGCUCUGUCGUGGUGGCCAAGCCUGGAGCCGGUGCUGUGUGCCCAGUGGAGGAGAUGCUUCCAGGACUGCCUGCCCCAGGAGCUGCGGAGGCUGCAGGAGGCGCGGAGGUUUGCCAGCGACUUCCUCUCCUCCGACAGUGCUUCCUCCGCACCCAGCCCUGCCUGGGUCUCGGCCGCCGCACUGCAUGUGGCCCUCACACAAGCAGGGAAGGACGACGCUGGGACACGACUGAAGCAGCUGGGCGGCGAGAGGGAGGAGCUGAUGGUUUCCCUCUUCUUCUUCUCUCUGAUGGGCCUGCUCUCCACACGGCUGACCCCAAACGUGAGUCGGUGCUCUCAGGUCUGGUGGCACCGGGGGGGGCGGGAAGCUGAGUCGCAGCACUCGGACGUGGGGUCAUCAGCCACGGGGCACAGCGGGCUGGGCAGAGCCCCCUGUACCGAGGGCUCCUGUACCCACCCCACUCUCGGUGAGAGGCGAGCUCCGGCAGCCCUGAGCCAGCCUCAGCAUCUUCUCCCCUGGGCCACAGGGCACUGCCGACCCCCGGAAGGCUCUGCAUGUCUGUGCGGAGAUCCUCCUGUGUCUGGAGCAGCGGGGGAUACCCUGGCUGGGGCUCUUCCAGUUGACAGAGGCGGAUGCCGGGCUGGGUCGCCUCCUCCUCCGCGUGGCCCCAGAUCGGCACACCAGGCUGCUGCCGUUCGCCUUCUACAGGUAACUGCCCGCUGGGCUGGCGUGUCGGCCCUACUCAGAGGCUCCCGUCCCGGGAAGGGCUGGCGUGGCGCUGGUCGCUCAGGCGUCCAGCGCCCUCCCUGUGCUGCCACUCACCUGUCCACCUGUCAGUCAAGUGGCACCUCCCGUGUUGGCCUCCAGCCUCCUCCCCUACUGGCGGGACGCCACCGCGGUCAGGGAGGCCGCCUUCCUGCGUGUCGCUGUGGACAUGUACCUGAAGCUGCGCCAGCUCUUCGUGGACGGGGAGACGAGUGCCGUGGUGACCCCAGCCAGCGGGAGCCGGGAGCUCCAGGAGCAGGGAAGCCCUGUGGAACUGGUAACAAAAGCUCGCGACUUUCUGCUGCAGUUGAUACCGCAGUGUCCCAGGAAGAGCUGCUCAGACGUGGCGGAGGUAAGAGGGCGUCUGGCGCCCGGGGCAACCUGUGGGCACGGGCGCACGGCCGAGCCCCUCACCAGCCAGCCCUUCCCUCGGCACCCCUGAGCGGGGCUGAACACGUGUUUUCUCACAGCUGCUGGCCGGGCGUGGAGACUGGGACCCCGAGGUGAGCACCGCCCUUCUGGGCAGGCAGCCGCUGACCGUGGCAGACCCCAGCCUCUACCGCGAGCCCCAGCUGUUCUGACUGGACCCGGCACCUUGUGAAUAGUUUGUCCCAGCCUAGGGCGGAGCUUGCGUCGCACGUGUCGCACUGGGAAGUGGAUUACAAAUCUCCUGAAUCGCUUUAGUGGAGAAAAGGGGCAAUGGUUUAUAGUCUGGCGCCCAAGCCGCUACAGUGUGGGAUGACAACAAACCACUGGCCCACAGCAGAGGGCAGAAGGGCUGCGAGAGCUCUGCACAGCCCCACAGGCCCCACAGGCCCCACGCCCACACGCGGAGCGGAGGUGGGGGGUAUAGAUAGCAUGGGUUCCCAGGGAGCGGGCGUCCUGCACCCUGGGGUGCUGUGUGCAGUCCCCCGUACCCCUGCUGCCUUCAGGCUGCUCACAGGCCCUGCGGCCCACGUCGGUCCUCAGGUGGGCUCAGGCUUCACGGCCUGGCCUUCCGUGGUCCCAGAGGGGUGUGGUGGCCCGGGCGGUGGCUCUGCCUCCAGGGGCAGGGCCUUGUCCUGGGUCUGGGUCAGAGGAUGUACCAUGGACAUGUGCACGUUGAGGUUGUGGGCCUUCUCGAAGCGCCGGCCGCACUGGUCGCAGGCGAAGUCCAGCUCAGUCUCUGCCUUGUGUUUGGUCAUGUGGUACUUGAGCGACGCCCGCUGCCUGCACUGGAAGCCACAGACCUCGCACUGCAGGGGCUUGGCUCCCGAGUGGCGCAUCUGGUGUACCAGGAGGUGCUUGCGCUGCUUGAAGGUCUGCCCGCACUCGUCACAGAUGUAGUUGCGCACCUCUGCAAGACAGGCGGGCGGAGGACCGGGGCUGGCGCCAGGACCGAGAGCAGCCGGGCCCAGGCAAGGGCCUCUGCAGCCCGGAGAGAGGGCCUGUUCUAACAGACUUCCAAACUGCUCGAAAAUACUGCCUAUGUCCAGCCUUCCCUUGUACAUUCCAGACAUCUGAACAGUUAAAAUGCAACAGCCCGGAUCUCCUCCCAGGUGUCUGAUGCGGGCGCCCGCGCUCUCCCAAGGUGCUGCGGCAGCACAGGCGGGACUCGGCCCGUCCCCACCCCUGGUGACUGGGCAGGCAGAGGGAGGGGCCUCCCAUCUGCUUCACCCAGACAGCCCCAGCAGCUGUGGCUAGACCACAAACUCCAUCCUGGGGGUCCCAGGCACAUUACCGGGGGCUGGAUCGGAAACAACGGCCAGGACUCCUGCCCAGCUGCCCCUCGGAUGUGGGACGUGGCUGUCCCGGUGACAACCUGACCUGGUGCACAAUGCCACCCCCUCAAGCUCAGUUUCAAGACCCCUUCAUGAGCUCCGAAGCCUAGAGACAGGCAGUCAGGAGAGGCUUCACGGAGGAGGCAUCCCAGCUCUAGACGUCUCCAUGUUACAUGGAUGUGGACAGCACAGGGGCAGGGGAGACUGUCUGUAACUGGGGGCACAGGCUGUGAUGACCCGUCCAACCAGUGCGGACGGGGCGUAUAAAUGGCUCCAUCAACUUGUGGAAACAAGCCAGUUCCACGCGGGGCACACACGCCCCACCGCAGUGUGCCGCCCGCACGUCUGUGCAAUACCUACAGCAGCUCCCCAGACUCCUUCCAAGACCUGGAUCUACAGUGUCUCGGGCACUAGAGAGCAGGUGUGACCGCCGGAACUGGACUGAGACGCACGGCUGGAAGAACAUAGCCCAAAACACGACUGCAUCGGGAGACCCGCGUGAGAACACUCAGAGCAGAACAGGAAAGCCGUUCACUGGGAUGCGUGAGAGCUGAUGAAGACGACUCUGGGGUCAGCUGUCAACUCCAUGUUGGCUGGGCGGCAGAAUAGCUGCAGUGGGCCCUCGGUUAGCGGGCCGGAGCGCGGCCCAGGACUGCUGGCCUCACGGACGGCACGGACAGCAGCAGUGCCUGUGUCACACAGCACGUCUACGAUGCAGGAACCACACAGCUAAGUCACGCGGGCUCCGGUGGGCGCCUGCAUCCACGUCGGCGUGCCUGGCUCACCUCCUGCCUCCACCCUGGGAGACAGCAGGUGCUGCUGCUCAAGUACUGGGUCCCUGUGCCCACAGGUGGAGUUCCAGGCCCAGCCUGGUGACCAGCAGACGAAACAAAGGUCUGUCUUUCACACUCUGCCUUCCAAAUAAACUUUCACCAUCUUA